GUCAACGUCUCCCUGCGGUUCCAGUUUUGGGUCAUGUUGUAGUCGGCAAUUGUCCUCGGUAUACGAAAUUCUAAAAAAACCAGUCGACAAGACCGAUUUCUGUACCAAGACAGAACUAGAUGAACCCGAAUUGCUUUAGCGGAACAUCAGAUAAAAAGGUAAAACCACUACAUCGUUCACUAAAACUAAAAUAGCAAUGCCGGAGCCGGAAGGAGACGCGCCGGAAGGGGAGCGCAGACCAAUCGGAAACCUCCGAGGUGGCCGUGGUCGAAAACGAGGCGGCCGCGGCCGAAAGGAUCGAGGCCGCAACAACGACCACGACGACCAUCCCGGCGACGGUCCGGGCCAUCAGCAAACCCGCGGAGUUUUUGCGCCCGCUGCUGCGUCCUUCGUGGACAAACGUGCGUAUGGGCUGUUCAAUCCGCUGCGCCCGGACGGGGCUCCUUCGUCGGAGCAAAACAAAAACACGAUGAAUGAAGACCAAACUGCCGAGAGAGUCGAGGCUCUACUUGAGCAGGACAAGAUUCCCGAGCUUCGUGGGGGCCGUGGUUCCGGUCGUGCUCCUUGUGCUGCCAACGGUACUGCAGGGGACGUCGAGGGCUUCAGCGCGGAGGACCGGCAGUCUGUAGAUGAUUUGUUCUUCUCCUCUUCUCGUGAUGGCCAACGAGAAAAACAACCUCGGCCGCCGAAUCUGAAGCGCUCCCGGGGUGAUUCGUUUGAAAGCAAAACAACUAGGGACGACACGUUCACCGCUUCGUCCAACGCCGGAAAUCUUUGGGGUAUGCCUAUGCGUCGUGGUCGUGCUCCUGCUGCUUCUCGACGCGACGAGCGCGACCCAAUGUCAGCUUCUGGUACAACUUCUGGUACUACCGACCGGCGCGCCUUAGCUUUGUUCGCCGGAAUCAAGUCCGGGGGAAACAGGCUCAUCAACGAGGACUUGAUGUUGACAAAAAACAAAACUAACGCGAACCCCAAUAACCGUAACGACCUGAACUCCCGUAGAAGAGACCGCGGCGGGCGCCGGGCCGCACGAGCAGGAGGACCCCCUCUGUCGUCUUCUGGUGUUGUCUCAGGACGAGCAGAUCGAAAUGGUGAACCAGGCGUCUUCCCAGGAGGUGGGAUGAACAAGGACAGGCGUGCUUUGGAUUUGCUAGCUCCCUUGGGCGGUGGCGGCGGCGGGGCAAAUCGAAGUAAAAGUAGUACUAAUGCAGCGAAGAACAAGCAGAACAAGCGCCAGCGCGAGCACCUAGAAGCCGCGCCUCGCGAGGACACAGGCAUGGUUUUUUCCGCACUUACGGGCGGAGGUGGGAACAAUAGCACAAGUAACGCGACGAAGCGAAUGAGAGCUUGUUCUCGUGCGAAGAGAUCUUGUUCUCGUACGAGACGUUGUUCUCGUGAGAGAGCUGCUUGCUCUCGUGAGAGAGCUGCUUGCUCUCGCCAGAGAGCUGCUUGCUCUCGCCAGAGAGCUGCUUGCUCUAGAGCUUGUUCUCGCCAAAGAGCUUGUUCUCGAAGCAGAAACACUUGUUCUCGAAGCAGAAACAACAUCAAACGACCUCCCCCACCGCUCGCACCAGCAGUGGUCUCCGAAAACGCACGGAUCAGCAGUAGGAACAUGAAAAGAACGAAAACUACCGCUCCUGGCACAACUACGACUUCGACUUCUUGUUCUGCGGAGAAUAAAACCGCGUAUUCCUUGUUCUCCGCCGUGGCCGCGGACCACGCGAGGAAUAUUAACUCUGCGACGAAAUCUACGCUGUUGAAUUUAGACGACUUUGAAUUCCACCAGCCGACCGGGUUCCCUGCCCCCGAUAAAGACCUGCUUGUGGACAACUCCCUUGCCCAUAAGUUCCCGCUUGAUGUUACGGCCGGUGGUGGAGUAUAAAUAUAGUGCCACGAGAAUGAAACUAGCGACCUACGAGAAUGAGGAAGCAAAUGGGGCUCCACCCGCUUACAACUUUUCCCGCUCCGGACGGGGUAGAAGCUGCGCUUUUCAUAGGGCUUGUGCCCGUUUUUUCGCGCGCAAAGCUACUUGUUUUGCGCGCGGUUUUUCUCCGCUCGAGCGGUCGGGUGGAGAAAAACUGCAUUACAAAAUUGGAAAACCAGCCGGAUGCAGAUGCAGCUUUUCUCCCCGCAGGAGAAAAGCCGCGCCACAAAUUCGCAAACUCCGCUUCCUCCGGUUGGAGAAAGUGAAAGACCGCGCCUCCGGUUCUCCGCAUUACAAAUGCGGAAAGGUGGCCUUUCCGCAUUACAAGUGCGGAAAGGUGCCCAUAGCCAUUGCGUUUGUAAUGCGGAGAGCCCGACCUUUCAAAGGUCGGGCUCUCCGCAUUACAAAUGCAAUGGGCGGAAAGGUCGGGCUCUCCGCAUUACACAUGCGGAGUGCGGGGCUCCCCAGAGCUCGGGGUUCGGGUUGUGGGUAAAAUGGGGAAAGGGGAAAGCCCGGACCCUCGGGUUCUCCGCAACCCGGGCUCUUCUCCGCAUUACAAAUCCCCCCGUUCGCCAAAAGCGGCUGCCACAGCCGCUGCACACCGUCGGGCGUAACCUUUUGCGCGAUGCUAUCCCCAAGCAGCAAUAUUCGCACUCCCGAUAGCAUCGGGCGUGAGGUUAUGCUGCAUGGUAUCGCUGCGUGCGAAUUUUCCUCGCAGCCAUACCAUGCUGCAUUAGGUUACGCACGACCUGUGGCUGUCUUUUUCUGCCCCCCUUGGGCGUUGUGCAGCUUCUUUUUACCCUCAAACACGACCGGACUCCGGGAAAAGUUGUGGCUUAGGGAGGAAGCACAACUUUUCCGCGGACCACGCACCCCAAGCCGGCCCCGCCCCAAGGGGCGCCCGCGAGACACGCCGGGGCCGCGCGCAAAAUUGUGGCGGUUGUCUUUGUUUCGCAAGCACGCACGCCCAUGAGAGUGGCCUCUCUAUUUUGCGCGCCGGCUGCAUCUACUCCGGGCCCGGGCCGGGGUUCUGAUUGAUGGGAGGCCGUCGGCCGUUCAUUCUCUUCGCUACCUAGGCUACCCAAAAGUGCCUAGGCUGCCCAUAAGUUCCCGCUUGAUGUUACGGCCGGUGGUGGAGGAGGUGGAGCUUAGGGUGGGACUAAUUGCAAAAGCGGAACCCUGCGGAACGUGCUAAAAUCGCGCUUUCGCGUGCUUGGCCCCGCAAACGCGCGAUCUUUUCGAGGCGCGGCAGGAACUUCGCUCCGUCGGCGGCCCUAAGUGUCGCGGCGAUCCCCCGCCGAUAAACGGCACAUGGGUGAUUGCAAAAUGUGCAACCCCUGCUCGGGAGCAUGUGCGUGGGUCUGUUAAGGCGUAGCGCCUUCGCGCGGACGCUCCUACAUGGUUUUGGGGGCCCGGCCGGCACAUUUGGUCGUCCGUUUGGGCGCGUGGGCCUUAUGCGACGCCGGGCCGGCUGGCCUAAAAUGGGCCCCGAUGGAAAGUCCAGGACCCUUUUCCCUUGGGGGAUUUAUCGUUAGUUUCCGGCUCGGAGACCGCGUACAGGCGGCGCGCGAGGCACGCUUCCACCCGACAGGCGCGAGGAGCAUAGUCCCACUUCUCCCGCCAUUGGGCCGCUUUCCCGUGGCGAAAGCAACUCCGCGCGGCCACCGGGGCCGGCCCUGCGCCUUGGGGCCUGACGCGGCCUCCAAGGAAGCUCGCCCGAUGGUAAUGCAGCACGCGCAGCGGGGGUGUUGCGCGUGUAGUUAGGGGCCUGGAGGCGGGCCCGCGGCGGAAAGGCGGAGAUAGGUUAGCCCGGGGCGGGCCAUGUGCAUCUGUCGAAGACAGGAAAGUAGCAACGCCGGCGCGCCAAGCAAAAGAAACAGCGCCGGGGCGCAGCCGGCCGGCGUUGCGCCCCCCCCCCUGGGCAUUGGCCCGGCGCGCGGCUGCUUUUGGAAAUAUUUUCCACCAAGUUGACUCGCCUUGGGCGCUGCGCCGGUGUCUAUUGAGGUCCGUUUUGUUUUUGGCCCAUAAGUUCCCGCUUGAUGUUACGGCCGGUGGUGGAGGAGGUGGAGCUCCUGCUACUUCCUGAGGUGACUUCCACCGGAGCGCCGCGGCCGCUCCAGGCCCGCCGGUUGCGCCGUUGGCCGCCAGGGGCCGGCGGGCGCCGACGACCUGCGCACGCGGGGGCGCCGGGCUAUUCUCAACAAAGAGAAGAGCGAACUAGCGCGCCACCCCUAGCGCCCACCGCCGCCCGCCCGGGCGCGCCCCCUCCGUGUGGCCUGCCGGCCUUUUUGGGGUAUGCGGCCUUUUCGGCAUUGGCCCGCCGGCCGCACGGGGCCAGCUUCUCGCCAGCGAUCGGGCGGAUUGACUACCGGCAGGCGCGUUGGUUUUCCUUUCUAGGCAUAACGAAAAAGCAGCGCAGGCGGCACCCAAAACAAUCGGCGCCCGGUCUGAAUCUCGACAGUAGGCAUCUAUCGCCGGAGCGUCCAAUUGUCCGGAUUCAGGUCGCGUUUUGAUGUCAAAGCAAGCCGGUUUUGGUUUCUGGCACUAAGCACGAAAAACAAUGUGAAAAGGCAGAAAAAGCGUCGCCGCGCCACACCUUGCCCCCCUGUUGCUAGUUCCAAAGCUGGCCGGCGUCACAGGUGCGCUCACAGAACAGCUCAUGUUGAAGCUGUCGCGACCCUCUCGAAUAUGGGCCGCGCAAGUCUUUGGCAACUUCUUUGCAAGUUUCGACCUGCAUAAGAUUGGGGGUCCGUUCCACCAGUAACCAUAAGUUCCCGCUUGAUGUUACGGCCGGUGGUGGAGGAGGUGGAGCUCCUGCUUCUUCUUCGACGGAAAGUAGUGCGGUGAACCCUGGUGACUUGAUGGAGUUGGAACUUCUUCUAAGUGGAGGGACGAGGAACAAUGUCAACAACAUGGUGAACUACGACGAGCAAAACCAUGUUAACCACUCUGUGAUGAUUCCACCACCUGUGGAGCAGGUGGUCCUCUGGCCAAACGGCGACAGAACAGGUUUUUCGGUGCCGUCGUUUGUUGAGAAAUGAUGUUGACCACAGACGUGUCUCUGUCAACAUCUAGUUCAUCCGAUGUUGGGACCUUUUCAUCCACCGGAUUCUGGCAAAGAUGGGUACUUAAAAACUUCUCAUUUCGUACGUCGACCACGAGUGGUUCAAGAUAGACAGCUGUCAUGACCUACUAGUAGUAGAUCUCAGAGAUUCUUGAAAUUGAAAAUACCCGGUAGAAUACAACUCAUUCUUUCAUUCUGUUCUUUGAAGCGAAAACGAAAUUCAAAUCAUAGAAAUUUUGACGAACGACAUUUUGAAGCGAAUCUGAGCGUUCUCAAUGGAACAACUUCGACAAGCAGAACCAGAAGUCCAG